GUAGAUAUAAACAUAACCUUUCAAACUUUAGGUUAUAUUUACAAUCAAACAAAACACUUUAAUUUUCAAUGUUUUGAUCGUCUUAAAGUAUAAAAAUGGAUGCCAAUUUCGAUACAUUACGCAUGGAAUACUACCAUGUAUUGGAAAAAUCAUUCAAAUCAAAAGAUCUAAACAUAAUGGAAGACAAAGUUAAAUCGAUCAACCGAACCGAUAUGGAUUUAAAAACGCCCUUGGAUCAGACCUACAGGACCUACCUAUUGAAACUUUUAGGAGAAGAAGUGCCAGUUGAAAAACUCAAGGAGUUCAUCCAAUUUUCUAUAGAUUCAUGCCGGAGGGGCUUGAACGGUCCUACUUUGCCCGUCAUUUUGCUUGCCGACAUUUUCGAGGCGCUCACGUUGGAUAUGUGCAAGGAGAUGUUUAAUUUUGUUGAAAAUAAUGUGCAUGUCUUGAAAGAGGAGUUGUUCUUCGGCGCAUGCAAGAAUCAUUUGUUAAGGUUGUGUAAUGAUUUGUUGAGAAGGUUGUCCAGGUCGACCGCAACCGUUUUCUGUGGCAAAAUUCUAUUGUUUCUUGCAAAAUUUUUCCCGUUUAGCGAACGAUCUGGCUUAAAUAUUGUCAGUGAGUUUAAUUUUGAGAAUGUUACUGAAUAUUCUAAAGAUGCCAGAGAUGAUGAUUACAGUACUGAGAUACAGGGUGAACAGAACAAAAAUAUUGUUAUUGAUUUUACAUUUUACUGCAAGUUCUGGCAGUUGCAAGACUUUUUCAGGAACCCUACUCAAUGUUAUAAUAAAAUUGAAUGGAAGCAGUUUUGUGCUCAUUCUGCAAGUAUUUUAAAUACAUUCCAAGGUAUAAAACUGGAUUAUGUAAACAUACAAGAGAACACAAAUCAGGGAUACUUUGCAAAAUAUUUAACUAGCCAAAAAUUAUUAGAUUUGCAAUUAUAUGAUGUAAACUUCAGAAGAUCAGUCCUCAUACAAUUCCUCAUAGUAUUUCAAUAUCUCACAUCUUCAGUCAAGUUCAAAUCGGACAGUCAAGAAUUGAAGCAAGACCAGAAAGAGUGGAUUCAAAUACACACAGAAAAAGUGUACAAUCUUCUGCGAGAAACACCACCAGAUGGAGAUAAAUUUGCAGAAAUCGCUAAGAAAAUACUGAGCAGAGAAGAAUUGUGGAAUGCUUGGAAAAAUGAAGGAUGCCCUGAGUUGAAAAAAGUUUACGACAUCUGCGAGAAACGCAAAAGCGAAUCAGAGAGGCCACUUUUAGGAGACAUUCUUAAAGAGGCCAAUAAAGAUGGUCGAUUUUAUAUGGGAAGUGGAGAAUUGACAAGACUUUGGAAUCAGUGCCCAAACAAUUUAGAAGCAUGCAAAUGCAGAGAAAGAGAUUUUCUUCCUUCAAUUGAAGAAUACUUUGCGGAUGCAAUACUACAAUUAGAAUCGGGUACUCCAGUUAAAGAUGAAGACAAUCUUCUCAAAGAUGGAAAUUAUGGUUGGAGGGCUUUGAGACUUUUGGCCAGAAAGAGUUCGCACUUCUUCACCUAUAGUAACACAAUCAUGAAUCCUUUGUCGUCGUAUUUGGAGAUGAUGGUGCAGAAAAUUGCCUCGGAAAAACCCGGAAUCCAAGAGAAUAAUGAAAGUCAAAAUGAAGCUGAAUUAGAAGAGAGUCUGCUGAACGAAGAAGACCAAAACACGGAAGACCUAAAGCAGGACAACACUGAAGACUUCCUCGACGACAACAACCCAAGGACCGAAACAAAAGGAAUGACCGAUGCCCAGUUACAGUUGUUUAGCUCAAAAGUUGGUAAAGACUGGCAAAAAUUGGCAGCGAAAUUCGGUUUCAAACCGGACGAAAUCGAGUGGCUAAAGAGCGAACAUCCGACUGAUGUAGAUCAGGCAAGGCAUUUGUUGAAAUUAUGGAUCGACGAGGAUGAGGAUGCGUCUUUGGAUAAUCUGCUGUAUAUUUUGGAGGGACUAGAAAUGAGUGAAGCUGCAGAAGCAGUCAGAACUGAACUAGGGAAUAUUAUGGAUACUAGUUAAAUAAUAAAUGUACUUGUAUUUUAUUAUAAUUAUUUAAUAAAACACUCAUUUAAAUCUA